AUGUGUCUGGCCCAGCUGUUCCUUCAGUCGGGCUCCGAAUACGACUGCAUCAGCGCUCUGGGAGAGCUGGGGCUUGUGGAGUUCAGAGACCUGAAUCCCAGCGUCAGCUCGUUCCAGAGACGCUUUGUCAGCGAAAUCAAGAGAUGCGACGAGAUGGAGAGGAUUCUGGGUUUCCUCCUGACUGAAAUCCAAAAAGCCAAAAUGUCAGUCCCAGAAGAAGACGAGGUUCCUGUAGCUCCGCCUCCGAGACACGUGCUGGAGAUCAUGGAGCAGCUGCAGAGGCUGGAGAUGGAGCUCAGUGAAGUGGCCAAGAACAAAGAGAAGCUUCAGAGGAACCUGCAGGAGCUCACAGAGUACACACACAUGCUGAGGAUCACACACAGCUUCGUCCACAGCCGCACACGCUACGAGGCUCUUGGUCCUCAGUAUGAAGAGUUCCCUGCUCUGGAGACCGACUCCGGACCGAGUGCCACGGGGAUGCAGAGGCUUGGCGCCAAACUCGGGUUUGUGUCGGGGCUGAUCCAGAGAGUGAAGGUGGAGGCCUUUGAGCGGAUGCUGUGGAGAGUGUGUAAAGGUUACACCAUCCUGAGCUACAGCGACGAAAGGCUGACGGACUGCGACACGGUGGACAUCAGUGACAGUGUGGUGUUUCUGAUCUCGUUCUGGGGGGAUCAGCUCGGGCAGAAGGUGCAGAAGAUUUGUGAUUGUUACCGCUGCCAUCUUUACCCACAUCCUGAGACCGACGCCGAGCGAGCCGACGUGCUGGACAGCCUCAGGACGCGGAUACAAGACCUCAACAACGUCUUACACCGCACCGAGGACUACCUGAGGCAGGUUCUGCAGAAGGCCUCAGAGUCGGUCUUCUCGUGGGUCGUUCAGGUCAAAAAGAUGAAGGCCAUUUACCACAUCCUGAACCUCUGCAGCUUCGACGUCACCAACAAAUGUCUGAUUGCGGAGGUGUGGUGUCCCGUCCAAGACCUACAGGCUCUCCGGCUGGGGCUGGAGGAGGGAUCGAGAAAAGGCGACGCCACAGUCCCGUCCUUUGUGAACCGCAUCCCGAGUUCUGAGACUCCUCCCACUCUGGUCAGAACCAACAAGUUCACCUCUGGGUUCCAGAGCAUCGUGGAGGCGUACGGGGUCGGAGACUACCGCGAGGUAAGCCCAGCUCCCUACACCAUGGUCACGUUCCCGUUCCUGUUCGCGGUGAUGUUCGGAGACCUGGGCCACGGUUUCGUCAUGACGCUAUUUGCUCUGUGGAUGGUGCUCACGGAGACGUCACAGAAAAAGAAACGCUGCAGGAACGAGAUCUGGGAGACCUUCUUUAGCGGGCGCUACAUCCUGCUGCUGAUGGGGCUGUUCUCCAUGUACACAGGGCUCAUCUACAACGACUGCUUCUCCAAGUCUCUGAACGUCUUUGGAUCCAGCUGGAACCUCUCCCCCAUGUUCUCCAACCACAUCUGGACGAACAAAACUCUGCAGACGAACGCUUUGCUGAUGUUGGACCCAAACGUGAGCGGUGUCUUCAGGGGUCCAUACCCUCUGGGCAUCGACCCUAUCUGGAAUCUUGCCGUGAAUCGUCUUUCGUUCCUGAACUCGUACAAGAUGAAGAUGUCUGUGAUCCUCGGAGUGAUGCACAUGACGUUUGGAGUCGUGUUGAGUGUUUUCAACCAUCUACACUUUGGUCGGCGCUAUGAUGUGCUCCUGCUGUUCCUGCCCGAGCUGCUUUUCCUGGUCUCUCUGUUUGGAUAUCUGGUCUUCAUGAUCGUCUUCAAGUGGAUCGCCUUCAGCGCUCGUGACUCCAGCGGCGCCCCCAGCAUCCUCAUCCACUUCAUCAACAUGUUCGUGAUGCAGGGAAAGGACAUGGCCCCCCUGUUCCCCGGCCAGAGCGGGCUGCAGAUCUUCUUGGUCCUCGUGGCCAUGCUGUCAGUGCCGGUGCUGCUGUUUGGGAAACCACUGCAUCUGUACUGGCUGUACCGCGGCAGCAAAGGCCUGCACCGGCGCCGAGGUUAUGAGCGGGUGAGGAGGGUGAGUGAGGAUGACUCUUCAGCUCCGACGUACGAUGAAGAGGAUGAAGAGGAAGGAGCCGAGGAACUGUGCCGAAGAGACCCCCUUCCAAAACAGUUGGACAUGGCUGACUGCCUCCUGCAUCAGUCCAUCCACACCAUAGAGUUCUGUCUCGGCUGCAUCUCUAACACGGCGUCGUACCUGCGCCUCUGGGCUCUAAGUUUAGCUCAUGCACAGCUGUCGGAGGUCCUCUGGGCGAUGGUCUUGCGUCUGGGAUUUGAUGGUUCCUCCCGGUUGGGUGUGCUGGUCCUGGUGCCGGUGUUUGGCCUCUUCGUCGUCCUCACAGUCUCCAUCCUCCUCAUCAUGGAAGGACUGUCUGCUUUCCUUCACGCUCUACGUCUGCACUGGGUCGAGUUCCAGAACAAGUUCUAUCGUGGGACGGGUGUGAAGUUUGUGCCGUUUGACUUCAGUCUGCUCCCUGCGCCAUUUGAACUGAACGGGUCACAGUCCGGGGACCGCGUCAUAGAGGAGCCUCUGCACCGGGAAGGACCGGAGAGCCGUCCUCCUCCUCUCCAGGGAUCGCUGAGGUCCAGGCUGCUGUUUACUCCCAGACUGCUGAGGAGGUGA